AUGGGGUUUCCCUCCGGUCGACUCUGUUCUCGAGCCGCAACAGCAUCAUCGCGUUCCUGGUUGAGCCUUUUCUUGACCUGCGCCCCCAACGCUCCAUCCGAGGAAGGGCUUCUGCUCGAGAGUGUGGAUGGUGUCCUUAAUGCUACAUCCGAGGAAGAGCUUCUGCUCGAGAGCGUGGAUGGUGUUCUUAACGCUACAUCCGAGGAAGGGCUUCUACUCGAGAGCGUAGAUGGUGUCCUUAACACUGCAUCCAAAGAAGGGCUUCUGCUCGAGAGUGUGGAUGGUGUCCUUAAAGCUACAUCCGAGGAAGCGCUUCUGCUCGAGAGCGUGGAUGGUGUUGCGCAUGUUACACGCCUUGUAACCAUCACAGUAUACAAUAGCGUAUCGCAAUUGAUGUCCGUAAAAUGA